CUGCACAUGCCCAGAUGACGCAUCCUAACAUACGUACCCGCGUGGACAAAGCAACACUAGCGAUAUUAGCAAGAUAGCUAGUAAUGAAUUUAUUCUGUUAAUCGAAGUAGCUAGCGAGCUAAAAACACAACACCGCUAUUUGGAGAUUGAUUUAGCCCCGCAGUACUUGGGACUUGAGUAUGUCAACAACUGACGAUUCACGUUUUAACAACGAUCAUGAUGACCGAGUGGGAGGACAGAAGAUUCGCAAUCGCAAGGGUCGGGGGCCAUUCCGUGCCCCUAUGUACAGCGACCAAGCGCCAGCGUCAAGAUCAAGACAUGGAGGCCCAAGAGGAGGUGGUCAGAGGGGGGGAGGCGGCGGCCCUGGACCCAGAGCAAGGUUUGAUGACGAGGAUGGAGAUGUGGCCAUGAUGGACAGCAACUCGCAGGAUUCUUCCUCUCAACAAAGAUUUAAUCCUUAUGGGAGGCCUAAUCGUCGUAGAGAUGAUCGCUUUGAUCGGGGCUCAAGAGGGGGGGGAGGAGGGGGUCAGCGUGGUCGGGGGAACCACCGAGGGGAUGGAAACGGAGGUGGCCGGAAGACCUGGUUCAGGAUAUCAAUCCCCCAUGGACGGAAAUAUGAUAAAGAGUGGCUAUUAAAGUCGCUUCAGAACCUCUGCACCAUGCCCUUCACCCCAAUACAGUACCACCUAGAGGGCAACCGAGCUCAGUUCUACAUCGAAGAUUCAACCACUGCGAAUGCGCUUACUAAGGUGUCACGGAGGAUAACGGAUAACAAGGGCUACAAGGUGACAGUAAUGAUGUUCCCCUGUGCACCACCUGCGUUUCUUCAGACCGAACUUAAACCCGAGGAUUUGGAACACUUAAAGCAAUGCAUGGCAAAACGCUUUGAUGGCUCUCAACAAGCGCUUGAUUUGAACAACAUCCAGAUUGACCCAGAUCUUGUGUCUCAGAACAUUGAUGUGGCAUUAAACAGAAAGAACUCCAUGCAGGCUAUAAUCAAGAUCAUUGAAGAGAACAUUCCAGAGCUUGUUUGUCUGAACCUCAGCAACAACAAGUUGUUCAGACUGGAUGAUCUAGCAGAGCUGGUGCAGAAGGUUCCCAAUCUGAAGACCCUUAAUCUUUCCCACAACGAGCUGAAGGCGGAGCGCGAACUGGACAAGCUGAAGGGCCUGAAGCUGGCAGAGCUGUGGCUGGACAGCAACCCUCUCUGCAGCUUCUUCAAAGACCAGGCCGCUUACAUAAGUGUUGUGAGGGCACGCUUUCCCCGGCUCCUCAAACUGGAUGGUCAAGAUCUCCCCACGCCUAUAGGGUUUGAUGUGGAGGUGGUUCCUGCCGCCCUGCCCCCCUGCAAGCCCAGUUACUUCGGCUCUGAGGAGAUCAAGGGUCCCAUUCUGGGAUUCCUCCACCAAUACUACAGUGUGUACGACUCCGGAGACAGACAGGCCCUGCUGGAUGCCUACCAUGACGUGGCUACCUUCUCCCUGGUCAUCCCCUUCACCAUGCAGAAUCCCUCCAGGUGCAGUCUCGGGGACUAUCAGAAAGACAGCCGCAAUCUGAAGAAGAUGAAAGACCCCACUACACGGUUCCGCCUAUUGAAAAACACACGUCUGAACGUGGUGGCUUUCCUGAACGAACUGCCAAAAACCCAGCACGACACCGCCUCCCUCAACAUCGACGUCAACACCUUCACCAACACGUUGCUAGCUUUCACCGUCAGUGGAAUCUUCAAAGAGGUUGAAGGGAAAUCCAGGGACUCCGUCAGAGCCUUCACUCGUGUGUUCGUCACAGUCCCGGCCGGAGGAACCAGUCUGUGCAUCGUGAACGACCAGCUGUUUGUACGCAACGCCUCGACGGAGGAGAUCCGCCGCGCCUUCGUGGCGCCGGCGCCCACGCCCUCCAGCAGCCCGGUGCCCUCGCUCUCCGCCCCGCAGCAGGAGAUGCUCACGGCCUUCUCCCUCAAGUCCGGCAUGAACCUGGAGUGGUCGCAGAAGUGCUUGCAGGAUAACAAGUGGGACUUCAACCUGGCUGCGCAAGUCUUCACAGACCUUAAGGCCCAUGGCAAGAUCCCAGAUGUUGCUUUCAACAAGUGAAGAGGCCGAUUUGUAAAAUGUAUUUCUUUUUAAUUUGUCAUAUCAACUUUUCCUUUCAUUGAACAGAUUCUCUCAUUUGGAGAGAGAUGUGUACCGAUUGUGAUUAAAAUUGAUAAAUGUU